AUGGAAGCCAACGCCUUUGAAAGGAUGACAUCUCUUAGUUUUCUCAAGUUCACCUAUUCAAAAAAUGAGUGUCGAGCUUCUAAAGUUCGUUUACCAUACAGAGGCCUUGUCACCCUUCCAGAUAGACUAAGAUGGUUGGAGUGGCAUAAAUUCCCUUCGAAAUCUCUACCAUCAAGAUUUUCUCCAGAAACCUUGUCAUACUUGAUCUACGUGCUAGCCCACAGUUGGAAAGAUGUUGGAAAGUCGAGCACAGCUUGUGAAUCUAGUGUGGCUUGACCUCUCUCACUUUAUAAAUUUAGUUGCGGUCCCAAAUCUAUCGGGGUCUCCGAAGUUGGUGCACCUCUUUCUCGAAGGAUGCAAAAGGCUGAUUGAACUACCAUCUCACGUUCAAGAUAUGGACAAACUGGUAGUACUGGACUUCGAUGACUGUACAAAUCUGCGGAGCCUUCCUCCGAAACUCAACUCAAAGUUCCUCAAUAAGGUUCACUUAUCCAA